UAAUGCGGGCGAUUUCUAACCGAGGGCAAAGCUUGGAUCUACACCCGAGGUUUUGCAACCGCCACGGCGAGCGCCACCGGCGAGCACCGGCCUGAAAAUUUGAGGUUCUUUUAAUGUCUUUUGAGAAGUUCUGGUAGAAAUGUUACCAAGGUGGAGAAGAGUUUUCAGCCAUAUAAAUAGGGUCAGUCAUUUGCAGAGCAGGAAUGGGUCUGCGCUGAGAGAUGUAGCUGUUUCUUCAUAUAGGAAUUAUUCUAAGGUGGCUGCUGCUGUGGAGCCAAAUGGUAACGAUGAUAAUAUUAAACCUGAGGUGAAUCUUAACAAGAUGUUUUGGUCAAAGCCAUGCUCAUUGGCAUUGCCAACUGAUUCACCAAAAAGAAUUGAAGAUCCACACUAUGAAGGCGUUAAACGAUUAAUGCUGAAGUUGAUGCUAUUCUACAGCAAGCAAAGCCAGUUCAUCCGUUGGGCCAAUGUUAUUUACCUCCGUAUAAAGUACCAAAUUGAUAAACCACCUAUAUAUGAUGCUUUUAGCCUGGAAAAGACAUUUAAAACGACAUUUUCAUUGCUUGUGCUCCAUAUGUGGCUUAUUCUACGCCGUUUAAAGGAAGAGGGAAAGGAAGGCGUUGAGUUGGGUCAAUAUUUAUACGAGAUAUAUAAUCACGACCUGGAGUUAAGGGUAUCCAAGGCUGGGGUAAAUUUGUUACUGACCAAAUGGAUGAAAGAAUUGGAGAAGAUAUUUUAUGGAAAUAUUGUUGCUUAUGAUGCCGCCAUCGGAAAGCAGGAUGAUAUGCAAAAUGUCAUCUGGAGGAAUGUGUUCUCGGAUGAUGGUACAUCAAAACCAAGUGAAGCUGCCGUACUACCGGUGCAGGCUAUGACAAGGUACAUCCGCCGGGAAGCUAGUUGUCUGUCACUAACAGAUAAACAAGCCAUAUUUUCGGGCAACUUUGCCUUCACAUUGUUGGAUCAGACAUCGGCUACGGAUAGAGCUGCAGUGAAAAAGUAGCGCGCUUGACAUUUUUCGGACAAAAUAAUCAUGCGGCAUUUAUAGGUAAUGAAUGUCACCUUAAUAUUUAGUUUCAGAAACAUAUAUGAUGGCUUUCUGUUGGAGGUAGUUUUUGCUAUGAAUUGUGAUUAUUUCAUUGACAUACGAAUGUUUUAAGAUUAUUAUUGAGGGUGGGUUUGUAAAUUAUAUUAUUGGUGAAUAAAGUUUUUAUAUUUGGCGAA